GUACGAUGAGUGCGAACUCUACAGAAGACUUACAAGAAACAGAAGCUUCUCAGAAAUCUUCUAUACCAAGGAUGUUCGAUCUGAUAAGUGAGCAGAAUAAUGAGACUACUUCAACCUCUACUGUUAUGAGAAGCUUCACUUGGGACCGAUUCAAGAGCAAUCCAGCAACUGUGGGACUUCUACGUUAUGCAAGACCAGAAUUAUGCCGACUAGAACGCGAACUUAGUUUCUUGAACAUGAAAUGUCGCACCUACUACGAACGUUUCAUCUACGUUAGUCUCCUGCGUAAGCACGCUGACGUCGUGGAUAGUUUUGACUUGACAGUAGGAAAAACUUUUGGAGAAAUGAUCGAGUCCAUCCCACCGCUUCUUAGAGACUCUCUGCUUCUUUAUCAGUUACGAUGGAGAAACUGUAUUUCUUCUACAAGAUGGCAGGAAGAUUUCACAAAGGCAUGCAAGGCAUUGAUCACUGUUCAAGCACGUCUAGAAAAAUGCAGGCUCGAACUUGAACGUAGAAGGUCGCAUUUAGAGAUGUAUAAGAAAAUACUGACGGCUAAGGAAAAAUUCGCGAAUCUCGGUGACGAGGAAAAGCUGGAAAAAGUCGAGAGUUUGCUGGGUAUUCAAGCUCCAUCAAACAGAAGCAAGCAAAACACUCCUACCUCUAGAAGAAGGUCGCUUUCUGAUGGAUCUUUAGCAUCAAUAUCAUCACCUUCCGAAGAUGAUCUUUCAUGGGAUGAGAUGUGGUCCGGUGUACCGUUCUCCCUUCAAGAGAAAGAGCCUGAUCAGUCCAAUACAUAUCAAGGUUGAUCUGGAUUAGUCAACCUGAUUUUUUGGUUGGACAAUCUCUGUAAAUUCUUACUCUACAAGAACGUAAAAUACGGCCUUUUUUUCACAAAUUUUCGUAGAGCAGUGGUAGCACAAACAAGUUCUCAGCUCUUUUCCGAUUUGUACUAGCUCAGAUUUGAAAGCCUGCAUAUAGUUGGUGGUUGACCUAGGUAUAAGGGAAAUCCCUAAAAACAU